GCAUCGACGGCUUCCUUGAGGGCUUGCUUGGCACGAGAGUCAGGGAGCGAAGCCGAGGACGAACUAUUUUGACGUAAGGCUGGCAGAUGCGCCGGAGGCGCUUUUGUUUUGGCGUUCAUGUUACGGUUACUGCUUUAGCUUUAUUUCAAAAAAUAAAUUCAAUAUCGGUCUGAUACUGAUUAACGAGGUCAAAUCAGUAUUAUUUCCAGUAAUUCUCUACCAUUAACAUGUCUGACAUCAGCACUGAUGAAGAUGAUUUGCCUGAUCUACCUGAAAUUGCGGCAAAUUCUGAUAUACCCCGUGGGCAAGUGAGUGGCUGGGAUGAUGACACUCAAGGAAUUGAAGAAGAACCUAAUCCUCAUGAAAAUCCCUCAAAGGAGAUUCUAUGGGCAGCUGAACGUGGAGAGAUGGAAACAGUUGUUAAUCUAAUCGAACAGAAUUCUUCAGUUGUGACUGCAACAGAUAAGGAUGGUUACACUCCACUACAUAGGGCAUGCUACAAUAACCAUGUUGAAAUAGCCAACUUAUUAUUGAGACAUGGUGCCGACUUGUCAGCAAAAACAAUUGACGAUUGGCAACCUUUACAUUCGGCGUGCAAAUGGAAUAGUGUUCAAUGUGCAGAACUGCUAGUAUCCAAAGGAGCUGAUGUUAAUGCUGUCACAAAAGGAGGAAUCACACCACUGCACUUGGCAGCUUCAAACAGUUAUGCAGUCGAAAUAAUGGAGCUGUUACUGAUGAAUUCUGAAACAGAUGUGAAUGUGAAGAACGACAGUGAUGACUUGCCAGUUGAUAUUGCCAGGAGAACUGGAAAGUACGACUUUCUCUUCGAUAUAGCUGAGCCAUGUUUCAAUGCAUGAUAUAAGAGGAUGAUCAGACUUAUCAGGCAUUUUCCUCCUCGUUUUCUGCGGAUGGUGUACCCCAUAACUUGAUGGAGCCGCCGGAAGCGGAGAGCAGGAAAGGUGCGGUGGGGUGCACACUGAGCGAGUGGAUUGGCCUUGUCCUGCCCUCGUCAUGCACCAACUUGCCAACCACCUCCGCCUGCACCAGGUCUGUCUUGUGGCCCGAAUAUCUGCAACACCAACAAACCAUAUUACACAUCUUAGUUAGUUUUAGGAAAAUGAAAACAAACUAUUAAUAAUAGCUUUUAAACUUCAUAAAUAAUAUAUUCGAUUACUGUAUACUGACUGACUCUUGAACGAUUAAUUAGAUUGAUGAUCAGAAAUAAUGAGAAUUUUAAACCAAAUGAUAUCUUAUUAUAAUUCCAAUUCUGAGUUAAACAAAUUAAUCCAAUUAACUCUGAAUGAUUUCACAAUCGACCAAUCAAUAUAUUAUAAGUAAAUUAUUAUAUUAGCUUUAUAGUAUCACUGAUCUUUGUAUAUAAUAUAUAAUUGAUUGAGUAUACAAAGUAAAAGUAAAGGUAACAGAAUUCAAAAUAAUUCUAUUAAAAAUUGAACAUGAAUCAAUAACUUAUUGCACAUGUGUAUAUUUUUAUAGAUUCAUGAAACUUACUGUAGUUGACAUUUUAUUUUCACUCGAUGUAUUUCAAGCAAAAUCUUUAAAAAUGCAUUCCACCAAUGUAGCAAUUCUAAUCCAGCAAUAAAAUGGGUUGAAUGGAAAAUUUGUU